AUGAGCGUCGCCAAACUCGUCACCGACGUGGAGCGACAGCUUGGGGAGUCGCAAAACGAGCGCGACGCCAGGAUCGAGCGCCUUUGGUCUAAGCUGGACCCCGCUGGAAAAGGGGAAUUGGAUCUCAAGGCCCUUCAAAAGGGCUUUCACAGGAUUGACCACCCUCUGAAAAAUGCCGACGACCUGCUCAAACAGAUCCUGCGAGAGGUGGACACGAACCAGGACGGCAAGAUCCAAUACCAAGAGUUCCGCGCCUUCGUUGAACAUGCAGAUCGGCAGUUAUUUCAACUCUUUCAAGCCAUCGACAAGGAUGGCAACGGCAAGCUGGAUGCCGCCGAACUCCAGACGGCUUUUCGCACGGCUGGGCUUGCCGUCUCCAAUCGUAGACUAUCGGAUUUCUUCAACGACUUGGACAGGAACAACGACGGCUAUGUCAGCUUUGAAGAAUGGCGAAACUUUCUCUUGUUCAUGCCAGCCGGCAGCCAUGACUCCCGGCUCAAAGCCGUCCUGUCCUAUUACGACUCCGUCGUCAGUGUCACCCCCGAAGGAGAUUCUCUUGUCAGUGAUGAAACUCUAGAAGGUAUAGGUUACUUUGUCGCGGGUGCCAUCGCCGGCGGAGUAUCUCGUACGGCCACUGCGCCGCUCGAUCGAUUAAAGGUCUACUUACUUGUCAACACCAGCAGCAGCUCCGAGACUGCCGCAGCAGCCAUCAAGCAGGGCCGUCCCGUCGCGGCCGCUCAGAACGCGCUGAGACCCAUCACUGAAGCUGUCAAGGAUUUGCUCCGCAAUGGCGGGUUACGAAGUUUCUUUGCCGGCAACGGCUUGAACGUGAUCAAGAUAAUGCCCGAGACAGCCAUUAAAUUUGGCUCUUACGAAGCUGCCAAGCGAGCCCUUGCCAACUUUGAAGGGCACGGUGAUCCUAGACACAUCAACUCGUAUUCCAGAUUCACCGCGGGCGGGGUGGCUGGCAUGAUUGCUCAGUUUUGCGUUUACCCGCUGGAUACUUUGAAAUUCCGACUCCAGUGCGAGACGGUGAAAGGAGGGCUGACGGGACGUGCUCUUGUUCGUCAGACGGCCAUCAAGAUGUACGCCGACGGCGGCGUUCGCGCGUGCUAUCGGGGGGUGACGAUGGGCCUGAUAGGCAUGUUUCCCUACAGUGCCAUUGACAUGGGCAUGUUUGAGCUGCUGAAAAAGUCGUACGCGAGCUACUACAGGCAGUACACCGGGUGCCACGAGGACGACGCCAACCCCGGCAACGUAGCGACCGGCAUGAUCGGCGCGACGUCUGGCGCCAUCGGGGCGACGGUCGUGUAUCCUCUGAACGUGGUGCGAACACGGCUGCAAACGCAAGGCACGGUAAUGCACCAGGCCACUUACACGGGCAUCUGGGAUGUCACGCAGAAAACAAUCCAGAGAGAAGGGUACCGUGGCCUGUACAAGGGUCUGACGCCCAACCUGCUCAAGGUCGCUCCGGCGCUGAGCAUCACCUGGGUGGUGUAUGAGAAUUCAAAAUCGAUGCUCGGGCUGCACUGA